GCAGGUGACACCGCGCUGGGUUGCUCGGGCUCGGCGGGCGCGGGGCGGGCGGCAGGAGCGCGGCGGCCAUGCACGUCAAUGGGAAGGUGGCUCUGGUCACCGGCGGGGCGCAGGGCAUCGGACGGGCUUUCGUACAGGCGCUGCUGGGCAAGGGCGCCAAGGUAGCCCUCCUGGACCGCAACUCCGAGGCCGGACAGGAGAGCAAGGCGGCUCUGGACGAACAGUUUGAAGCGCAGAGGACGGUGUUCAUCCAGUGUGACGUGACGGAUCAGGAGCAGCUGAAAGAUGCUUUCAAAAAAGUAAUUGAACAUUUUGGAAGGCUGGAUAUUGUGGUUAAUAAUGCUGGAGUGAACAAUGAGAAGGACUGGGAAAGCACUAUACAAACUAACUUGACAUCUGUGAUUAGAGGAACCUACCUUGGCCUAGAAUACAUGAGAAAAGGAAAUGGAGGCAAUGGAGGAGUAAUCAUUAAUAUCUCAUCCUUGGCAGGACUCAUGCCUGCUGCAUUUCAACCUGUGUACUGUGCUACAAAGCAUGGUGUAAUUGGAUUCACACGAUCGAUAGCAUUAGCUGCUAAUAUGGACAACUAUGGUGUAAGACUCAACACAAUUUGUCCAGGAUUUGUCAACACACCAAUUCUUCAGUCCAUAGAUAAAGAAGAGAAUAUGGGACAAUAUUAUUCAUAUAAGGAUGAGAUCAAAAAUAUGAUGCAGUUCUAUGGCGUGAUGGACCCAUCAACAAUUGCUGAGGGACUGAUAACAAUAAUUGAAGAUGAUACUCUAAAUGGAGAAGUAAUGAAGAUUACAGCAUCCCAAGGGAUUCAUUUUCAGCAAUACGGCCAAACACCUUUUCCAUCAUCAAAGAGAUAAAUAAUUGUUUUGUGCUAAUUACUCCUGGCUUUUCUUAAAUAUAAAAAGUUUUGAAAAGAGUAAUUUUGGGGAAAAGGGUUAAUGUUUUAUCUAGAGCAGUAACAGUGUUCAAACGUUUGCUAUAACAAAGGAAUGGGCAAGAAAAUCUGGUGUGGGAAGAUGUUACCACUCUAUUCUGAUUAUAAAAACACUAAGAAGAUUAUUUAUUUAGUAUAAUAAACACACCGCUCUGAAGACUUUUUUUUUUGUUUAGUAAUAGGAGCCACUUUUUUCAUUCUGGUAGUUCUGAUCUACAGACUCCAAGUGUAUUUUGGUGGACCUGACUUAUUUCUUAAAAUUCUUUUCACUGUUGUGCCUACUUACAUCUUCAAUUCUUCAGACCAGGAAUUCAAUUCAGGAAUCUAGCCCAUAAGCUCUGUAAGGAGUUAAGAAUUAAGAAUUUACUUUUUCUUAUGAAAAUUAAGCAGAACAAGAGGCAAAAUUCAAA